AUGGGCCACAACGUUUCGGUGAUCAACGGCGUCCGCUCCGAGAACUUCUACGAACAGCGCAAUGGUAUACACGAAAUCUGGGUCGGUGACACCGAGGUGAUAUCACGACUCCCCUUUGGAGACUCAGACCUGGGCCAAUCGAGCUGGUUUGGGAAGUGGCCGAAGAUCCCCUGGCAUCAAUUCAUCAUUCCUCUCAAGCGCGAUAUCACGUCGAACAUCACAAUGAAUCCAAACAUCACUAUGGAUAAAGAUAUCACCACCUUCUGUCGAGAUGUCAUCGGCAUGAAUCCUAGUGAGAUCCCAAACACUCGAUACUGGCACAUGUUUGACGGAGUGAGCGAAAAUUCCGCACAAAUAAUUGGGUUCUUCCUGCAGCUUGGUAUAUUAUGCCUCAUUAGCUGGAGGAUAACGAGAUGGAGAGGGCAAAGCUUCCGGUGCCGAUUCGAACGGCAGUUCCAAGCUGAAGAGCACAACAAUAUCUCCCAUGGUCUCCCCAUGCCAUGUCGCAUCCAGUCAUGGCGUCAGGCCAAACCAUGGCUUGUGCGGCAUUUCCUUUCCGAGCUCAUGCAUGUCAUCGUUUUCGUCCUUCUCAGCGUGUUUGCGAUGCCGCUCGAGGCCCGGGCCUGGAGAGAAUACCCCGCAGCAGAUCUCAUCUCACUAUAUGGAUGGCGUAUCUUCAUUUGGAUAUUGUGUGGCGAGCUCGGCUGUUUGGGGGGCAAACUCCUCGCGGUACGGGGGUACAUUCGGAAAGGCCGAAAAUAG